GUAGGAAAGAAUUCAUAAGUUACUUAUUGCAUUAUAGACAGAAUACUUAACACAACCCAAAGAGCAGAAAUAUAACGAGAAAAUGAGCUGUUUCAAAGAUAAAUCCCUUCUUACUACUACUACUUCCGGAUCGGCUACUUUCAGUGAUGUUCAAGAAUUUCUUGAGGUAGGAUGGAAGACACAGUUGAUGUUAAGGAGGACAAUUUUAAGGAAGUGUUCAAAUUCUAUAAACGCAGAAAGCCACCACCAAGCUUCAAAGACGUAUUGCAAGUGAAUGAUGCAUUUCAGGAUGGACAUCAUAUACCACCCAAAUCACUUUCAGUUCAGGAAAAAGAGGAGGUACAAUCCUUGGGUCUGGUACCACCUGAAGGAUGGCAAAUAUUUAGUUUUGUUUCCCAUCCAGAUUUACUCUUAGUUCGGAACCCUUUCUCUGAGAAUGGCCAGUUGAAGUGGAUUGAGGCUUGCCUAAGAGAAUAUCCACAAAAUCCCAACAAAACCAACUUGGAAAUCUGUAAUAUUACACUGUCAGAUUCAUCAUGGUGGGAUCUGGCAACGUUUUCUGAAGGAAAGAAAAAUAACCUACUGAAGAAACUGAGAUGGGUGACUCUUGGCUAUCACCAUAACUGGGACACCAAGCAAUAUAGUGAAAAUAUGAGAGGGUUAAUGCCUCAAGAUUUGAAAAGGCUGUGCAGCUUGGUAGCAAAAGUUCUUGGAUUUCAAGAUUUCGUAGCUGAAGCAGCCAUUGUAAACUUCUACCAUGAAAACUCUACACUAGGACCCCACACAGACCACUCUGAACCUAAUAUGUCUGCUCCACUUUUAUCAUUCAGUUUUGGUCAGAGUGCAAUAUUUCUAAUUGGAGGCACUACAAAGCAGACUAGGCCUACAGCCAUUUUCCUUCACAGUGGGGACAUUUUAGUCAUGGCUGGAGCCACCCGUCAAGCUUUUCAUGCUGUGCCAAGAAUUGUGCUAGUCGAAAAAACUCCAUGGAUUGCUAAAAGCUGUGAUAACUUUGAUUCAAAGAAUAAUGAUGUUGUGGGAGUCACUUCAGAAAACAAAGACGAUUAUAGACUUCAGAGUUCCAUCAAAGUGUUGGAGGAGCAUGCAUUAAAAUAUAAAGUUAGAAAAGAUAUCCUUAAGUAUGUGAAAACAAGCCGCAUAAAUAUUAAUGUACGUCAGGUGCUUAAACCUACAAUGCAGUCUCUCUUUUGACCUCAGCUGUUUGAUAUAAAAGAUUAAUCUAUAUUGCUUUCCCCAUAUAUUUCCAAUAUGCUAAAUGAUUAAAUAUGUUUUGGACAAAGACAUUGUGAUAAAUGAUUCAGUUUUUGUGUAGAAUAAAUCGAUCAUGCCA